AUGAAUAAAGAGAAGUCCAAGAGGACUCAUAACGACGCUGGAAACAGCGCACCAAAAAAGAUGAAAUCCGUUGACAGCAGAGCUCCUGGUCGAACUAAGGAGGAUUUGAGGGACUACCUCCAAAGGAAGUGGCAGAAUGACAACGUCACAUCCCCGGUCAAGCCGAGAACACCAUUCUCAAUGAAGUUGGAUAAAUUUGAGGCCCCAAAAAGGUUCCACAUGUCAAGAUUCCAAAUAUAUUACGAUAAGUUCGAUCGGAACUUUCACAUCGGCUUAUAUUUGAAUUCAAUGGCAUUGUAUACCGGGAACGAACCGUUACUUUGCAAGGUGUUCCCCUCAUCCUUUGAGGAAAUUGCAUCAAAUUGGUUUCACAAGUUACCGAAAGGAAUUGUGAAGAGUUGGAAAGGCUUGGCCGAGAUGUUUGUGGCCAGGUUUGCUACAAACAAAUUGCAGUUGUUGAGGGUAGACUCCCUAAUGGCUCUGAAAAUUGGCGAGGGUGAAAACCUCAGGGUUUAUGCCAAAAGGUAUUAUGAGUCACUAGCAAAGACUCUGCCGAAGAGUAUGGAGGAGCUCAUGGCCAGGAUCGAGAAAUAUGCGAGAACAGAAGAGGAUACGCUAGGAACAAAGGCGUCAAAACAAGAGAAGAGGAACGACUCGCCGAAGCAAAGCCAAGAGAGCUUGCCUCAUCGCUUCAUCUCUCUUCCUCCCAUGGAUAUUCAAGCUUUGAGCUUAGAAUGA